AAUGUCUCCCCUCCUAGUUUCUGCAAAUGCGCUGAAAUUCCAUAGCCUUAUUGUUCGAUUUCAUUUCUUCUCUGAUGCACUUUAAAUUUCAAGAGAGAAUUGGAUGCUAUUGCCACCAAAGACAUUGAGGACUAGCAACACAGUGCCAGAGCAUAUCAGUCCCAGUGUUGGCAAGCCUCAGUCUGCCAACCCAAACAGCAUCACCUCCACUGUUACCAGCGCCAUCAGCAAUGCCAAGAGGGCCCAAGGUAGCAGCAAGCACCAAGCCCUGCCUCGGUACACGCUUCAUGAAGUUCCAACGCCUUUUCGCUAGCACUAGCAGAAGCAUCUGUUGAAGCUUGGGCAAGCUCUCACGGUCCUCGCUGCCACUCUGGGAUCCCGAGCGCAGGUCUCGUCCAGCCAGUCCCAGGAUAAUCUGACGAGUGAGGAGGGUCUCCUGCCGUGCACCGCAAGCCACCCCUCAGGCAUGGCUCCCAUUCGGGACUCGGUCAGCCACUCCCCUAACCAAACAGGUUUGGAUCACGCUGGUUUGGAUUCUCAGUAUGAAAAUUUGCCCUGGAGCUCAGGCUCACCUUGUAGCGACUCGAACAGCAACUGGGGGAAAGUAAUUGUGGACAGCUGUGACAAGGGACCCUGGCCUUCUACCAGUGGAAGUGACCCAGAGUUAGCCUCAGAAUGUAUGGAUGCUGACUCUGCCUCCAGCUCUGGGUCUGAAAAAAACCUUAGCAUGAUGGCUUCUGGGAACACCGGUGGUGACAGCAAUGGCAAUAGACAAGGCGGCGGUCAAGGUUCUCAUUUUAUGAUUGCAAAUGGUAGCAAUAACGUGGGCAAUGGGAGUGUUAAGGGGCCUUGGGGUGUAUCCAACGGCUCAAUGCUAAGCACAUCUCAAGGCUCUGGGGAGAGCCCCAGCAGCAAGCUGACAGAAAGUGGCCAUGGCAAGUUAAAUGCAUGGGGUACCCAGGGUCCCUCAACCAAUGGAGGUAUAAAUCCAAGCACUUUGAACCCAAAUGCCAACCAUGGUGCCUGGCCCGUUCUACAGAACACUGGGCCCAACUCCCAUGGGCCCGUGGGGAAUGGGAAUGGUGGCACCAACACUCAACGAAGCACCAUAGGUCAAACACCCGGUAUGCAGAGUAUUAACUCUAAGGUGUCCUGGGGAAGCCUGCAGGACAAUGUUGCAGAAUCUGAAGUUAAUGGUACAAACAAGGUUAUAAGUGGGCAGCCUCAAAACCUUAACACUGAAAUUAAUGGACCAAAUAACACUACUAACACAAUGACCUCUAGUUUACCAAACUCUACAGGUUCAGUGCAGAUGAAUGAACAGCCCACAGGGCACAGAGUCUGGCCUACGAGCACAGGGAGCUCUGCUCAGCUCCCAAUCUCUCCAGUCUCUAAUGGCACUUCCAUUUCUCAGCAAAGCAACAGCGAGGGAAUAAACGGCGGGUCUUAUGGUACAGCAUGGGGUGCUCCGCCCGGCACUAAUUACUCCGGAGACAAAUGUCCUGUCCCUAAAGGCCAAGCUGUGGGCGACACUGUGAACGCAACUCUAAUGCAGUCUGGAGCUAACGGCUCCGCUGUGAGCGCUGCUUCUUUCAAGAAUAAUAAUAACGGAAUGGGCGGUCGCGGAGGAGGGUGGGACUCAGGGUCUGACACCUCACAAAACAUGUCCUGGGGAGCAGGGAACGGCGUAGGCCCAGCAGGGAUCCCUCGCCCCUGGGGUAGUGCGUCCUCCUCCUCCUCUUCGUCCUCCUCCUCAUCCUCUUCAAACACUGGCACUAAGGUCUCCAAUGGGGAGUGGAACACAUUGCCCAGUAACAAUCAGCAUUCCAACGACGGCACGAACGGGAGCAGGAAGGGAACAAACGCCUGGAAGUCUUUGGAGGAUGACGCUCUCGGAAUCGGGGGUGGCGGUCAGGCAUCCCAAGGCAACACCUGGAACAAAACCACAAGCAGUGAAGGAAGUGGGGAGAGCUCAGGGGGUCGCAGUGAUAGGGACGGACAGCGCGGUGGCAACCGCAGGAGGGGCAAUCCGCAAGGCCUGAUGCAAACAGCCCUCUCCCGAACCGACAUGGACCCCCGUGUCCUGUCCAACACGGGAUGGGGACAGACACCGGUCCGCCAGAACACUGCAUGGGACGUGUCAAGCACCGAGAAGACGUCAGGAAACGGAUCGGUGGGCUGGGGCAGCGCCCCCUCCCAAACAUCAAACUCAGGUGGAUGGGGAGACGCGCCCAGCACAAACAACAGUGAUUCUUCAGUGUCGGGGUGGGCAGAGCCGAAGCCCGCCUCGGGUUGGGUGGACACCAAAGGCCCGGCGGCCCAAAGCGGUUGGGAUGAUGCCUCUUUUGGAAUGAACAAGGGUAAUCCAUCGUGGGGAAGUUGUAAGGAUGACAAGUCCUCUACCUGGAAUAAUCCCCAGAAAAUAAAGCAGGGGUGGGGCGCAGCAUCCAACAGCGAGGGAUGGGGGGGAGAUGGCCCACGGGGUAGCCACUGGGGAGAGUCUCAGAAGGCUGGGACUCGCAGCUGGGACAGCGACAGUGACCGCUCUGGGUCUGGCUGGAGCGAGCCAGGCCGCUGCACCGCAAACAACACCUGGGGAGGCAGCGGAGGGGCAAGCACCCCCGACCAAAGCGGCCCAGCAUCUGGAUGGGUUGAGCCUAGUAAGACCAACAAUCAGAACCAAGGCUGGGGUGAACCAGCCAAAUCAAGUCACGCCACACCGGGCUGGGGUGACACCACUAAACCUGGCAACACCUCAGAGUGGGGCAAGUCACAGGACACCAAUGUGGGGUCCUUCAGGGGCGCAAACAUUUCCCAGACAGGAGCCUCUGGGUCCAACAAGCCCUCGGGGUGGCUAGGGGGUCCGAUACCAGCUGCUUCUAAAGAGGAAGAGCCCACUGGUUGGGAGGAACCGUCCCCUGAAUCCAUCAGGCGCAAGAUGGAAAUUGAUGACGGCACCUCUGCAUGGGGAGACCCCAGCAGUUACAACUACAGCGUGAACAUGUGGAACAAGAACAGUGCGGGAGAGCAAGAUGCCAUGGCUGUUACCCAGCAGCAGCCCCCACCAGCGCAAAGCACCAUGCCUCCGAAAGACAAGACCUGCAGCUCAGGGUGGGGAGAGCCAUACGGUGGGCCACAGAAGAUGGAGUCAUCUUCUUGGGGUGAGCCUGCUGCUCCACCUGUCACUGUGGACAAUGGAACCUCUGCUUGGGGCAAGCCUGCGGACACAGGCUCCAGCUGGGAAGAGCCCAGCAGAGACAGCUCUGCAAGCAGUGGCUGGGGCAAUGCCCCCAUGGGACAACCAUCGCAGCACAAAUCUGGAUCCCAAUCUAUGCAAGAUAAUUGGUGUACGGAGGAGAUGCCUGUGCCGGGGACAUGCCGCUCUAACUGGGGAGAGGACGAGGAAGAGGAGGUGGAGAUUGGCAUGUGGACCAAUACUCCAUCACAGGAAAUGAACCAGUCAGGAAACUGGCCCUACAUGAAGAAGAUGCCUCCAAAGGUAAUGACGACUGUCUCUCUCUGGCCAAUCAGACGAAUGAAUAAAGCGGUGAACAAGCCAGAGGAUCCAUGGAUGAAUCAAUUCGUGAAGCAGUUCAACAACAUAAACUUCCCUAGGGAUCCUUCAGAUGAUUCUCUGAAGAGCAAUAAGAUGGAUAUACCCUGUGGAUUGAUGAGUGAUAAGCGUAUGGAUGUGGAUAAACACAUGGGAGAGUAUGUGAAGAAUCCUGCCUCACGCCACCUGAUUCAUAAAGACUCGUCCAUGGAACGCAGUCCUUACAUCGACAAGAAUGUAAAUUCCAUGUUCAGUGGCAGUAAUGCAGCAGCACAAGGCCGAAACCCCCAGCAGUCUCCAGCACAACCUCUCAGUUCUGCUCAGCCCAGUCUCCGCAAUCAAGUGCCUCCUCCCUUACUCCCCUCUCAGGUCCCACAGUCGUUGUUGAAGUAUCCUCCCAGUAACGGAGGUUUGAGCCCCCUGUUUGGCCCACAGCAGGUUGCUAUGCUCAACCAGCUCUCCCAACUCUCCCAGCUCAACCAGCUCUCCCAGAUCAACCAGUUACAGCGUCUCCUCUUACAGCAGAAAGCGCAGGGCCAGAGAACCAUGCCUAUCAACGGCCGCCAACAGCAGGAUCAACAGGGUCGUGGCCUGGGACCUUCUCAUCAGAUGAUCCAACCUCCUCGUCAUCUGGACCCCUCUCUGAUGAAACAACAGACGUCUCCCCAGCCACCCUCCCUGCACCAGCCCAGUCUCAAGUCCUACAUGGACAACUUCAUGCCUCAGAACGGCUCUGAUAUGCAGAAAGAACAAAGUCCCCUGAGCUCAUUCAGUAGUUUCCCUUUAGGCUUGAACUCAAACUUGAAUGUAAACAACUUGGACAUCGGCAGUGUUGGUUUCAAGGAACCGCAGUCCCGUCUGAAGAAGUGGACUGCCAUGGACAUUUCCGUUAACUCGCCACUCGAUCAAAAUCCCAGCAAAUCUGGUGCUAUUUCCUCUAGCCUGAGGCUUGAAGACUCCCCCUUUGGUCCAUAUGACUUCAUGAAUGCCAGCAGCUCUCCCAUCAGUCCUCCUGGCCCUGUGGGAGACGGCUGGCCCAACCGUGCCAAAUCACCUCAUGGAUCCACCAAUGUCAACUGGCCUCCAGAGUUCCGCCCUGGUGAGCCCUGGAAAGGGUAUCCAAACAUAGACCCGGAGACCGACCCCUUUGUCACUCCUGGUAGUGUGGUUAAUAAUUUCUCCAUUAACACAGUCCGGGAUGUCGACCACCUCAGGGACAGGAACAAUGGGCCAUCCCCAUCACUCAACACCACGCUGCCUUCAAAUUGUGCCUGGUCAUCCAUUCGUGCCUCCAACCACAGUGGUUCCCUCAGCAGUACAGCACAAAGCACUUCAGCCAGAAACAGUGACUCCAAAUGGUCCCCUGGUACAGUCACCAACACCUCUUUGGCUCAUGAGCUGUGGAAGGUUCCUCUCCCUCCGAAAGGCAUUUCUGCUCCGUCCCGCCCGCCACCUGGCCUCACCAGCCAGAAACAUCCCUCGUCCUGGGACAACAGCUCUCUGCGACUCACAGGCUGGAGCGGGUCCGAUUCUAGAUUCACCCCAGGAUCCAGCUGGGGUGACAGCAGCUCAGGGAGAACCAAUUGGCUGGUUCUCAAAAAUCUUACACCUCAGAUUGAUGGCUCCACCCUGCGAACUCUGUGCAUGCAGCACGGUCCACUGAUAACAUUCCACCUGAACCUGCCCCAUGGCAAUGCUGUUGUCUGCUACAGCUCAAAGGAGGAGGCAGCCAAAGCCCAGAAGUCACUGCACAUGUGCGUUUUAGGGAACACUACUAUUCUUGCUGAGUUUGCUAGUGAAGAGGAAAUUAACCGUUUCUUUGCACAAGGUCAGUCCAUGACUGCCUCUCCCAGCUGGCAGACGCUGGGCUCUUCUCAGAAUCGGAUUGGAUCCAUCGAGGGUUCGCACCCUUUCCCAAACCGCACUGAUCCAAAUCACUGGAACGGGAGCGGGCUGUCAGGAGCUGGCAGCAGCGACCUCCACGGCUCCUCUCUCUGGGGGGCUCCUAACUACACUAGCCUGUGGGGGAGCCCGAGUGGCAGUGAAGGAGGGAGGAUGAGCAGCCCUUCUCCAAUCAGCUCCUUUCUUCCCGUUGAUCACCUGACAGGAGGAGGGGACUCCAUGUAGUUCAUCUUUCACCUUUUGACUUAAAAAGAAACAAAAACAAAACAAAAAAAAAAACAACAAAACAAAAAAAAAACA